AGCAAUUAUUUAUUUUUACUCAUCAUAUUCAUGCACCUACCUCCUCCUCCGCCCCCGCCCCCUUUAAAGCUUUUUGAUAACUUAACAACACUCCUUACUUUUCUUUCUUUCUCUCUUUCUUUCUUUCUUUCAUGGACCUUCAUCUCCUCCCUUGCUUAUUCCCACCUUCCCUAUAGCUUCACAAAGACGACGACGACUCAGGAAUUUAACCAAAAUCUCCUUUCGUUUUCACUUUACAAAUCUUCUUUCUCGAGUCCACUUUCCUUCUGGUUUCGUUUGAUUCUCUACCAAUCCCUACUCUCAUCUUUAUUUAUUCUCUCUCUGUGCUAGCAAUAGCUUUAUUCCUUAUUCCUUAAUAGCUAGCUAGUUCCCUCCCUCUCUCCGAUCGAGCUACUCCUAUAGUAUUGGUUUGCUCUAGUUUAAAGUACGGGCCGGAUCCAAAACAUAACAUGGGGUUCUCAGAGAAGCCUCAAGUUGUGGAUGGUGGCUUGGAUUUAGAUGGAAAUAAAAGAUGGGUUAUUGCUGGAAUUCCUUUAAGAGCUCCUUUGAAACCCAUAUUUACAAAUCCAGUUGAGAAAGAGAUCUACGACGAAAGCGAUGAUGGUCAGAACAACUGCACUACUUCAACAACGCCAACGAGUGAAGAAGCCAAAAUCCCUUCUAAAUUGGUGUGCCCUCCGGCUCCCAGGAAGCGAAAAGCUACUUUCAAGUGUAAUUACACUAGUGGUAUGAGGGAGUUCUUUACUCCUCCUGACCUGGAAACCCUUUUUAUACAAAGGGCAAACUGAUCACUGAUUGACUUCUUAAUUCGCCUCCUUUAACGACUACUUACUUCUUUAGAUUUCCUUGCAUAUUCGAUCGAGUUCGGCAGGCAACCUUAGCAGGAGGAUCUCAUUGCUUGUACAGGUCAUAUAAUUAGUAAUAAAAUAAAAGAAAAUCUGGAAUGAUUACUUGCCUUCACUGAUAUGUUUUUGUCUUUGUUACUCGUCAAAAAAAAAUGCUCCUGGCCUACCAAGCUUUUAGCUAGUUGUAUAAUACUACUACUUGUAUAUUUAACAAAUCAAGUUGUUUUUUUUCUUUUCUUGGUA